UCCCCCUGGCCUGAAAAAAUAUAUCGCGGGCUGGCUCUUAUUUGUUUUGGACACAGAGCAGUCGUUGCUCGAUGGGAUACAUGACGUGCUUCUCGUAGUAGGCGCACACUGAACCACCACCACGUUGUCUCUCUGGGUAUCCAAGCUUGACAGUGUCAGCAGCUGAGGACAGGUUACGGAGCAAAACGUAAUUUCCAGUGGACAUAUUUUAUAAUUGAACCUCAACGGUGGGGAUAGAAAUCAAGAACCUCUGACCCACCGUCGCCAAUGAUGAGAGCAAAACGCUGACCGGGGGAAUCUCACGGCGCUAGGACCAGGCUAUUCUGAGUGCGGAAAAUUCUAUAGGGAUCUCCGUUGUAUCGCAGGAGCUUGAAGGCAGAGAGAAGCUGACAGCCGCUGCGCAAAGCAUCACACGGGCAGCGGACACUCUCACCACACAGACACUGCCAAAAACAGAAGGCAGACGAGCCGGAACCGCCUGGACAUAAGUCGGGUCGGGAGCCCUCCUUAUGGGCUCACCAUGCGCAGGAUUCGGGCCAACGCCAUCGCUAUACUGACCGUCGCCUGGAUCCUGGGCACAUUUUAUUACCUGUGGCAGGACAAUAAACCGCGUUCAUCCGCUUCAUCGGCGGCCGCGGGCAUUAAAUCUCAAAAGGCUUCUGCUGGACGCCUGGAAAUACUCCGAGAGGACCGGACCAUUCCGCUCAUAGUGACACAUGCGCCUAAAGGGGGGGAGCUGCUGCAGGGCCAGCUGGUGGGCAGCUUCGAUGAGAAGGCCUACCUGGCCAGCAAGCAGCUGAGGCCCGGCGAGGACCCGUACCGGGAGCACGCCUUCAACCUGCAGGAGAGCGACCGCCUGGGCAGCGAGCGGGCCAUCCGGGACACCAGGCACUACAGGUGUGCUUCAGUCACCUUCGACUCAGACCUGCCCUCCACCAGCGUCAUCAUCACCUUCCACAAUGAGGCUCGCUCCACUCUGCUGCGCACCAUCAAAAGUGUCCUGAUGAGGAGUCCUGCAACCCUAAUUCAGGAGAUCAUCCUGGUCGAUGACUUCAGUGCCGACCCUGAAGACUGCCAGCUGCUCACCCAGAUCCCCAAAGUGCGCUGCCUACGCAACCCACGCAGAGAGGGUUUGAUCCGGUCCCGGGUGCGAGGGGCCAGUGCUGCCUCCGCCUCCAUCCUGACCUUCCUGGAUAGCCACUGUGAGGUCAACACAGAUUGGCUGCAGCCCCUCAUACAGAGAGUCAAGGAGGACCACACGAGGGUCGUCAGCCCCAUCAUUGAUGUGAUCAGUCUGGACAACUUCGCCUACCUAGCGGCCUCCGCUGACCUCAGGGGAGGGUUCGACUGGAGCUUGCACUUUAAAUGGGAACAGAUUCCCAUUGAACAGAAGAUGUCCAGGACGGACCCGACCCAGCCGAUUAAAACUCCGGUCAUUGCUGGGGGGAUAUUUGUGAUGGACAAGAACUGGUUUAACCACCUGGGCCAGUACGACACACACAUGGACAUCUGGGGAGGAGAGAACUUCGAGCUGUCGUUCCGCGUGUGGAUGUGUGGGGGCAGCCUGGAGAUCCUUCCCUGUAGUCGGGUGGGCCACGUCUUCAGGAAGCGCCACCCUUACGACUUCCCAGAGGGCAACGCUCUCACCUACAUCAAGAACACUCGAAGGGCAGCGGAGGUGUGGAUGGAUGAGUACAAGCAGUACUACUAUGCUGCUCGACCCUCAGCUCAGGGCAAGGCCUUUGGGAGCAUUACCGACCGGAUUGAGCUGCGGCACAAGUUGAACUGCAACUCAUUCCGCUGGUACCUGGAGAACGUCUACCCAGAACUCAGGAUCCCGGAGCAGGAGGCGGUGUACAGCCUGUUGAAGCAGGGGGGCCUGUGUCUGGAGGCCCAUGGACAGGACAGCCUGGGCCUGGCUGAGUGCAAGGGCUCCGGCUCCAACAGAAUACAGGCUCAGAAGUGGACUCUGGUGGAGCCUCAUAUCCGGCAGGGGGACCUCUGCUUGGCCAUUAGCGCCUUCACCCCCGGGUCAAAGGUCAAGAUGGAGCCCUGCAACCCUAAAGAGCCCCGACAGAAGUGGAGACCCAAAGGUUCCGCCCUGCAGCACGUGGUCAGCAGUCUGUGCCUGGACAGCCAGCCUCCCAUUGGUCCGCCAGUCAUCACCCCCUGUCACCCACAGCUGGCCAGCCAAUCAUGGGAGCCCCAGCUCCUCACCUGACCAAUGGAGGAGCAGAGAAGAUGAUGAUGAUGGGGGAGGAGGAGGAGGAGGAGGAGAACAGGAGAAUGCAGUGGUGGAAGAACAGAACAGAGUGUGAUUAAUUGAUUGAUUGAUUGAUUGAUUGAUUGAUUGAUUGAUUGAUUGAUUGAUUGAUUGAUUGAUUGAUUGAUUGAUUGGUUGAUUAGAAGGAUAAACAAGGGGGAGCAGUGAUGCUUCAUGGUGCAUUAUGGUCCAGGAGGUGGAGGGGAGGUGUGUCCUCACACUGUAGUAGGCGGGAAACGCUGCUGUCUUGUAGUAGUAGAGGAGUUAAGUUUUUUUGUUUCUGUCCAAAGGUUAAUGCCAAUGGUGUUCGGUCUAAGGGUUCGUUUUGUGACAUUGCUGUCUGUGGCCAGUCCGAAUGAUGGGACCGUGAGAAUAAACAGGAAGAUGGAGAGAGAGAGAGAGAGAGAGAGAGAGAGAGAGAGAGAGAGAGAGAGAGAGAGAGAGAGAGAGGACACAGUUACCCUCUGAAACAGCUCAUGUGUAUAUUCUCUCAUUCUCAUGGACAAUGUAGUUCCCAUGUAUCGACUUCAAGCCCAUGGAAGCUAUUGACUGUUUCGUUGUUUUUUUUAUUAAUUGCUGUCUUGAACUUGAGUUUCCACAGUGCAUUCCUGAAAUCAAUAUUGUACAUAUUGUAGAAAGCCCCAGCCAUAACCUAUUUCUAAAAGUCAAAAUAUUACGUACGUACUAUGUGUUUGUAGGCAAGGAAGAACACCUGAAUUCUUGAAUUGUUUUUAGAGCCAAGAGAAACUUAAGCUUUCAGGCGUGACGGUCAUAAGGAAGGAGGGCUCAUUGUGACUCAGAUGAGAGAUGGGAAAGGAAGCAGUUUAAUAAAGCACUGGAAUGUUUUAUGAAAAACGGACCGACCGACCGGCAGUCGUGCAGGGCUAUACUAUACUGUGCACACACCCAUGCUCAACAUCUGACACUCAUUUUGCAUGGCCUACAGAACCAAAACAUUGAGCUUGGGGAGGAAAAUUCCGGUGUGAGCCCAAAGAAUGUUUUAUUUGUAAUUUUUGUUGUGUUUUUCAAAGUUCUUUUUUUGUAAAUAUUUAAGGCCUAAAGAAGCUUUGUUUUUGGAAUAGUUGACCAUUCACGUCAUGUGAAAACAAAUAAAAUUAAAAAUUAAAAAAAUGGCAA